AUGCAGCACAAUAUAUUUGCUUCAAUGCGUAGUUUAAAGAUCAUGGACGGUUGCAAAGGCUCUCAGGGUUACUCUAUCCACCACCCUUCUUCCACCGCCGGUUCCGGACACGGCGGUGGAGUUGGUGAAAAGCUUCUUCAACAGCUUCACGAUCAUAUUAAAAGUCAAACGUUUCGAAGCAAAUCCGUUCAUGUUUUUCAAUCACCUAAUCGGACAUCUUCCGACGUUGUUGUUGAAGGUUCGGGUUCUCUUCUUCCUUAUGGACUUCCUAUGACGGAUAUUUUGGAGCCUAAAAUUGAUCCUGUUUUGAGGCCGGUUGAUUUCGUUGAAAGGUUGACUGGUUUGUAUAAUAAGAUUGAGAAUUGUUCGGAGUAUGAUAGGUCUGGGGUUUAUUUGGAGCAUUGUUCGGUUUUUAAGGGGUUGUCUGAUGCGAAAUUGUUUCGCAGGAGUUUGAGGUCAGCACGACAGCAUGCUGUGGAUGUACAUACGAAAGUCGUGCUGACCUCGUGGCUUAGGUAUGAGAGGAGGGAGGACGAGCUGGUUGGUUCGUCUUCGAUGGAUUGUUUUGGUAGGAAUAUUGAAUGUCCUAAGGCUACUUUGGUCGCAAAUGGGUAUGAUCCCGAGUUGGUUUUUGAUGUUUGUUCUUGUUUUGAUGAUCGUGAUUGUGAGGAUGAGGAUGGGGACAAGGAUGAGGAUUUUAUGACAUUUGUUGGUCAACAAUGUUCUACCUCGAAUGAGGAUGAUGAAGAUUGGGAUAUGUCGUUUUGUAUUGGUGACGAUGAGAUUAGGUGUUGUAGAUUCAAUAUGGCUUCGCUUUCGGUCCCGUUUAAGACAAUGUUGUAUGGUGAAUUCGCAGAAUCAAGGAGGGAGAAGAUAAAUUUUUCAAGGAAUGAGGUUUCUGUUGAGGUAAUGAAGGCUGCCGAGGUUUUUAGUAGGACUAAAAGUUUGAGCAAAAUCAAACCUAAUGUAGUCUUAGAGUUACUUUCUUUGGCGAACCGGUUUUGUUGUGAGGAGAUGAAGCGUGCUUGCGACGUGCAUUUGGCGUCGCUUGUUUCUGACUUGGAAGACGCCUCGUUGCUCAUUGAGUAUGGGUUUGAAGAGACGGCAUACCUUUUGGUUGCGGCUUGCUUGCAGAUUUUUCUGAGGGAGCUACCCGGUUCGAUGCAGUGUUUGAGUUUUGUGAAAUUGUUUUGUAGUCCGGAGGGUAGGGAUAGGCUUGCUAUGGCAGGGCACUCGUCAUUUGUGCUGUAUUAUUUCUUGAGUCAAGUUGCCAUGGAGGAAGAGAUGAGGUCAAACAUAACCGUGAUGCUGUUGGAGAGAUUAGUUGAAUGUGCAAAAGACGGAUGGGAGAAGCAACAAGCAUUUCAUCAAUUAGGUGUUGUUAUGUUUGAGAGAAAAGAAUACAAAGAUGCACAACAUUGGUUUGAGUCAGCGGUGGAGGCAGGUCAUGUUUAUUCGUUAAUCGGAGUUGCAAGGGCGAAAUACAAACGAGGUCAUACAUAUGCAGCGUAUAAGUUGGUGAACUCGCUUAUUAAUGAUUAUAAACCUGUUGGAUGGAUGUAUCAGGAAAGAUCUUUGUAUUGCAUUGGGAAGGAGAAAAUGAUGGACUUGAUCUCUGCAACCGAAUUAGAUCCAACGCUUUCGUUUCCUUACAAAUACCGAGCUGUUUCUUUACUUGAGGAGAACAGGAUUGGACCUGCCAUUGCAGAAAUAAACAAAAUAAUCGGUUUCAAAGUUUCUCCCGACUGCCUUGAAUUGAGGGCUUGGUUCUUAAUAGCCAUGGAAGAGUAUGAAGCAGCACUUAGAGAUGUUCGGGCUAUUUUGACAUUGGAUCCGAAUUAUAUGAUGUUCUACGGCAAUAUGCAUGGCAACCACUUGGUACAACUACUCGGUCCUGUUGUUCAACAGUACAAUCAGGCUGAUUGCUGGAUGCAAUUGUACGACCGCUGGUCCUCUGUCGACGAUAUUGGUUCGUUGGCUGUUGUUCACCAGAUGUUGGAAAACGAUCCAGGGAAAAGUCUUUUGUGUUUUCGCCAAUCUCUCCUUUUGUUACGGCUAAAUUGUCAAAAGGCAGCGAUGCGUAGUUUGCGGCAGGCUAGAAAUCAUUCGACUUCUGACCAUGAAAGGCUUGUCUAUGAAGGAUGGAUACUCUACGACACUGGUCAUCGUGAAGAAGCGUUAGCAAAGGCCGAGGAGUCCAUUUCUAUUCAAAGAUCAUUUGAAGCUUACUUUCUCAAAGCUUAUGCAUUAGCAGACACAAGUCUCGAUUCGGAGUCUUCGAAGUAUGUUAUCCAUCUCUUGGAGGAAGCUCUUAGAUGUCCUUCGGACGGUCUUCGGAAAGGACAGGCACUAAAUAAUCUUGGAAGCGUCUACGUAGACUGUGAUAAGUUGGACCUUGCAGCUGAUUGCUAUAUGAAUGCACUCAACAUCAAGCAUACGAGAGCACAUCAGGGCUUGGCACGUGUAUAUCAUCUUAAAAAUAACCGCAAAGCCGCAUACGAUGAAAUGACAAAGCUAAUAGAAAAGGCUUGGAACAGCUCAUCGGCUUACGAGAAACGGUCGGAAUAUUGUGAUCGUGACAUGGCAAAGAGUGAUCUUAGCAUGGCAACCCAGUUGGAUCCUCUAAGGACUUAUCCUUACAGAUAUAGGGCAGCAGUUUUAAUGGAUGAUCAUAAGGAAGCAGAAGCAAUUGCGGAACUUUCAAGAGCCAUUGAAUUCAAGCCAGAUCUGCAACUUUUACAUCUUAGAGCAGCGUUUUACGAUUCAAUGAAUGAUUUCGCUUCUACUAUCCGAGACUGUGAAGCAGCCCUUUGUCUUGAUCCUGGCCACGCCGAUACUCUUGAGCUUUGUAAUAAAGCACGGGAGCAGAUUAAGGAACAAGAGUAA